AUGUCGCAGUCGCAUGCCCCAGAUAGGGCCCGGAAGUAUAAGGAAGAGCCGGCUCCUUUGGCGGCGCAGAAGAUGGUGACACAGUCCCCGGCUCAGGCUCAUUAUCCCUCGCCGCAUCCCUCAAAUCCUCAGGUUCCUCCACAGCAUCAGUCUCCAUACGUGCAACAGAUUCCAGGGCCACCGGGACCGCAGCAGCAAGAAGUUCCUUACUAUCCCGCCCACCCCAGUCCGUAUAGCACCAACAGUGCACCUAGCAGCUACUCAGCAUCAGAAACGCCAGAACUCAUGGCAGCAGCGACCAUGAAUAGGGGCGCCUUCCCUCCUAUAUCAUAUCAUACGCCACAGUCAAAUUCGCCUGCAUCUGUUCAGUCACCGCAACACGACCAGCAUGGGCGACCAAUAUAUGGCCAGCCAACGAGCCAGAUGCCUCAACAGAUGUACUACACGCCGUAUGCGUCAACAGGAGUACCACAGCAGUCACCGUACCCUCAGCACCCAUCUACACAGCAACAACAACCGAUGACGACUGGUUCACUCUUAAUGUCUCAUCAACAAGGCCAGCCAAUGCAGCAUCCGCAUCAACCUCAUCCACAGCACACUCCAGGAAUGACUGGAAGCCCUAAAUCGCGGAUGCCCCAGACGCCACUUCAGCGCCCACCAUCAGGACUCGGCCCCCCUCAAGCGCCUCCUCAAGCACCUCCAGUUGGUGCGCCGAACAUGCACCCAGGAGCUCCCGGAAAUGCAAACAUCAACCCCAAUGCGGCACCGGGCCCCAUUCCUGCAACCACUCCGCUCGUUGUGAGGCAGGACCAAAACGGAGUGCAAUGGAUUGCUUUUGAGUAUUCGCGUGACCGGGUUAAGAUGGAAUACACCAUCCGGUGUGAUGUCGAAUCCAUCAACGUCGAGGAGCUCCCUCAAGAAUUCAAGCAGGAGAACUGCGUCUACCCUCGCGCUUGCUGUGACAAGAACCAGUACAAAGGAAACCGACUACACUAUGAGACCGAGUGCAACACUGUAGGGUGGGCGCUCGCGCAGCUCAACCCUUGUCUGAGAGGAAAACGGGGCCUGAUCCAGCGUGCAGUAGACAGCUGGCGGAACAGCAAUCAGGACCCGCGGCUGAGGAGUCGACGCGUGAGGAGAAUGGCCAAGAUUAGCAACAGGAAGGCAGUUCAACAGACGCAUGGGAACCACAUGGCUGGGCCAGGUGGACCAGGUGCGCCUGGGGUUCCAAAUUCUGCCGGACUGGCAGCACCACCCCGACAGCCGAGCAUGGGCAUGGGGGGUCCGCAGUUGCAUCAUCACCAUGAGCAUCCUGGGGGACCUCCCGGAGGAAAUGACGACGUUAGCGCCAAUGAGUAUCCAGAAUCUCACACUCACCAUCAUCAGGCGCCGAAUGGACAAGUUCAGCAGUCCCCGAACGACGUGCGACAAGCGCAGCAAUUCUAUCCCCAGUUUCCCACCAGCGAUUCGGUGGCGGCGCAACAAGGGAGCAUGCCGCACAUGCACGAUGGUAUGCACCAUCCUCCAGCACCGCCCCAUGCAUCAGGUGUACCCGUUGCGAAACAAGAGCAGGAUGAAGAGGAGCGCAAAUUGGCUAUGUUUGGAGACUUACCAGAGUCCAAGCGCCGGAAGUUUAUUCUUGUUGAUGACGCCCAGCGUGGAACCCGAGUGCGAGUUCGAGUUACUCUCGAUACUGUCAAGAUGGAGGAGAUGCCCGACUCGUACCGCAAGUCGAACUCGGUUUUUCCCCGAAGCUAUUUCCCAAUGCAGAUGACGUCUCCGCCAGCAAGCCCCCGGGGAAGUAAAGUUUUCAGUGAUGAGGCUGACCCAGAGAAUGACCCCGGGUUUCCUUUGUCAGGUUCAUCUCUUGUCCCGGUGCCUACUCUUGACGGUGAGGCGCGUGUCCCGAAACCCCGAUUGACGAGAGCGAAGCGCACGAAGGAAAUUACGCUGAACGACUUGGGGUACCGUAUGAGUUGGAGUCAGAGCCGUGUCUUCGCUGGACGGACACUGUUCCUACAGAAGUCUCUUGAUGCAUACCGUAACAAAAUGCGAAGUAGCAUGGCUGGAGCAGGGCAAGACGUUACCACGGUUGCGCCACACUUUGAAACCCGCGUUGGGAAACGAAGGUGGAACGAAAGGAUCGAGAAGAACAGAAAGACGAGGCGCGAUGGCUCUCCUUAA